AUGGCCCGCAACUCCGAAAAGGCGCAAUCGAUGCUGUUCCGCUUCCGGGCGGCGCAGGCGGCGGACCUGGGCAUCCUGGACAUGUCGCGCACGCGGCGGCCGAAGCUCAUCACGUCCAUCGACGCGAUCCCGACGUGCGAGAAGUGGCGCGGGCAGGUGCUCAAGGAGAUAUCGCGCAAGGUGUCGCGCAUCCAGGACGAGGCGCUGUCGGACUACCAGAUCCGCGACCUCAACGACGAGAUCAACAAGCUGAUGCGCGAGAAGCACAUGUGGGAGGUGCAGAUCCGGAAUCUCGGGGGCCCGAAUUACAUGCGGGGCGGGCGCAUGGUGGAUGAGGAGGGCAGGGAGAUUCCGGGCGGCGGGAAGGGGUAUCGAUAUUUUGGACGAGCGCGCGAACUGCCGGGUGUCAAGGAGCUCUUCGAGGCGGCCAAGGCGCCGCCGCAAUCGCAGUCGGUCCACGACGGGCCCACGCGCGCGGAGCUGCGCCGCAACGUCGACGCGUCGUAUUACGGCUACAACCUGGACGAGGAGGACGGCUCGCUGCUGGCGUACGAGAGGCAGAAGGAAGAAGAGGCGCUCGGGAACCUCCUGCAGCAACCGGACGACAUGGACGUCGCGGAUGCGCGGUCGUCAAAGAAGGGCGGCAAGAAGGGUGGCCGUCGUGAUGAUGAUGAUGAGUGGGUGGAAUUACCUGGGGACGCGGGAGAUGGCGUGGGCUGGGUGUUGCCCUCGCUGGAAGAGGUGCAGGAGGAGCUGGUUGACAGGAGGCGCCGCAAGCUGCUGGACAAACUCUCUGGUUGA